AUGUAUCGUAAUAUUUGGGUUCGUAAACAAGAUAGAAAAUAUCAAAAAAUCUUAUGGAGACCGUUUCCCGAUGAACCCAUUGGCAUCUAUGAAUUAAAUACUGUAACUUUUGGUCUAUCGUCAUCUCCCUUUCAAGCUAUCAGAACCAUCAAACAACUUUCCCGAGACGAAUGUUCCAAAUAUUCUCAAUCUAUUUCUAGAAUUCUUGAGAACGAUGUUUAUAUUGAUGAUGUGGUUACAAGUAUCGACUCUUUGAAUAGCGCCAAAACCAUUCGCGAGGGUCUGCAGAGGGAAUCUAAUAAUUCUAAUCUACGUAAACUUUUUCCUAAUUCCGAUGUACAAAACAAACAUUUCUCUAAAUCGGAUUUUGAAAUGGAAUCUUCUACAAAGGUAUUGGGAUUAAAAUGGGAUCCCUUAUCAGAUAAUUUUUCAUUCGAAAUAAAGCUUACGUGGAGAAAAUGGACAAAGAUACAACUUCUUUCAGUAAUAGUGCAAAUCUGGGAUCCUCUGGGUUUCCUAACUCCGAUAGUUGUUAAGAUAAAAAUAUUAUUGAAAAAAAUUUGGACAUUAAAAAUCGAUUGGGAUGAGGAAUUACCAUCAUUUAUUAUUACAUCAUGGUUAGCCGUAUAUUCCGAAUUAGAGCAUCUUAAUAACUAUCAGAUUCCGCGUUAUCUCGAAACGUCAAAACAAAACAAAUGUUCAUUAUUUGGUUUCGCGGAUAGCUCAGAGCAAGCGUAUGGAGCGGUAGUUUAUAUUAAAUCUCUUGGCAAUCCGAAUUUCUUGUUAAUUUCAAAAUCACGAGUAACACCAAUUAAAAACCAAACAUUAGCCAGGCUUGAACUUUGUGCUUGUCAUUUACUGUCAAAACUUCUGAAUUUUAUAUUAACGAAUGACCAACAUAGUAUAGAUUUUGAUUCCAUUUACUGUUUUUCCGAUUCUAUGAUUGUCCUCCACUGGUUAGCAGGACCGGCUACUCGUUGGAAGACAUUUGUCGCCAAUAGGGUAUCAAAAAUACGGGAUCUCAUUCCUAAUGCACAAUGGCUUCACAUUCUUUCUAAUCAAAAUGCAGCCGAUUGUGUUUCCCGAGGUCUUCGACCUAAGGAAUUUAUCCAACAUAAGAAUUGGUUGUUUGGGCCGGAUUGGUUAAACGGUCCUUUAUCAACUUGGCCUGCAAAAACGGUUGAAGCUUCCGGAGAUAUUGAUCGAGAAAGAAAAGCUAACGUUCUAAUAGUAAAAAGUGUCAUACCACCGAUCAAUCCUUUAUAUGAAUUAACGCAAAAAUUUUCUAAUUGGUGCAAACUUGUAAGAAUUUUCGCUUAUAUAUUGAAGUUUAGUAAAAUUAUAACAAAUCGAAACCGACUUUUGACUUCAGAUUUGAAACAAGCCGGGGUAAUUAUUAUUCGAUUAGUCCAAGAACAUCAUUUUCCCAAAGAAUUCAAACUAUUAACGAACGGAAAGUCUUGUUCGAAGAAGUUUUGCCGACUAAAUUUGGUUUUGGAUUCUAAUAAUUGUUUACGCGUUAAAGGUAGAUUAGGAUUAACAACUAAUAACAAUCCACUUCUUUUGCCAAAAAAAGACCAAGUAGUAAAUUGUCUCAUAGAUUACUACCAUAUUAAUAAUUUACAUACUGGAUCAAACUUAGUAUUAUCUUUAUUGAGGCAAAAAUAUUGGAUCUUGUCGGCUCGUGCAAUAAUUCGUAAUCGUCUUCACAAGUGUAUAACUUGUUUUCGACAGAAUCCGAAACCCAUUUUUGCAUUCAUAGGCGACUUACCAGUACCGCGCAUAAAAGCCAGUAGAGCUUUCCUAAAUGUCGGCGUUGAUUAUGCAGGCCCCUUCAAUAUCUCCAUGAGUCGUCACAGAGGCGCUCAAACCUACAAGGCUUAUAUAUGCUUGUUCAUCUGUUUAGCUACUAAGGCGAUACAUCUCGAAUUAGCUUCAGAUUUAACAAGCGAUACAUUUUUAGAUUGCUUCAAACGAUUCCUAGCCCGGCGUGGUCCUAUUAAAUGUAUUUACUCCGAUUGUGGAACCAAUUUUAUAGGAGCCAAAAAUACUCUUGAUUCCUUAUUCCUUCUCCUAAAUUCCGAAAAGUAUAAAAAGCGUUUCAAUGAAUUAUUGGUUUUGCAUGACAUUGAAUGGAAAUUUAAUUCACCGUUUGCCCCACAUUUUGGAGGUAUAUGGGAGGCGAAUAUUAAAUCAGUGAAGACCCAUUUGUUUAAAGUUAUAGGGUUGCAAAUUUUAUCCUACGAAGAGUUUAAUACUGUCCUCAAUCAAAUCGAAGCCUUACUAAAUUCAAGACCGUUCUUACUGGAAUCGAUGGAAUGUGGAAUAUCUGACCAAGCUACAGGUCCGACAGAAAUGGAAUACAGUCACUAA